CACUCCUUCUCCAAUGUAACAGGUAGAAAAUAUCUGAUUUUAAUUAGAUUGGAAAGGAACUAACUCAUUGUGAGAGUACCUCGUAAACGAAUUAGUUUAGGUGUGAAUGCUCUUUCAUCGACGAACCGGAAGUAUUCAUGUGAAACGAAGCUCGAAUUUUAAUUUAAACUUGAAACUAGAAUCUAAUGAAUUUGCUAUGUAAAAUUUGAUAUUUAGCUUGUAAUCAAAGUCAUUUACUUAAUAAUAUUCAACAUGUGAGCACAAAUGUUGUGAAGUUUAUAUCAGGAAUUGACAGUGUAGCCUGACAUCAAGUUUAGACAUGUUCAGAUGGAAAUGAAAAUGGAGAAGAAACAACCAAGGCUAUCUUUUAAGAAAACACAAGCCUUCUCCGUCCAAGGAAAAACUAUGGAGAAAGGAGGAAAGGUUGGAAAGGCUAAAACUAAUGGUAUGAAGUCAAAAAUAAAGUCGUUGCCAGGGAAAAGAAAACCAACCAGAGUUCCGAAAAAGACAAAACCUGCCCCACAUGUAGAGCCAGGCUAUGCUCUGUAUUCCAGCUUGUCGGAGGAAUCCUCAACUCAAGAGACCUGUGUCAGACUUCUCAAUCAGCUGAAGGAGAAAAAGAAAACAGAAGAUAUGUGCCACCAUACACAGUUUAAUACUCGUUUGUCAUCCUCUACACCUGACCCUGACAGAUUACUUGUUGAGUUUGACCAGCAGCUCAUUCCAGAGAGGGACACUUCCUCCCCAUUGUGGAAGACCAUUCUGACAGCUAAACAUGUGGCAGCUAAAAAGGAGUCAUAUCCCAUAUUAAAUCAAGGACAGUUUUCUAACCAGUGGAGUACAGAGGGCACUAACCAUCUCGUGAGAGUCCCGACUGCUCUCUCUGUUCCUCGUGAGGCUCCAGCAUAUACAGGCAGUGACCAACAACAAACACCUAUUACCCCACAUAACCAGAGUGUAGCAGUGACACAAACUUUCAGUCAGGGAUUUGUACCAAUUGGUGUAGGAAAUGACAGUGACCAGGAUAGUCUGCAGCAAUUUCCAGAAAUUGUACCAAGUGGUCUGACAUUCAAUGCUGGAAUUCAUUCAGACAACCACACCACCCCUGAUACGAGUCGAUCAGGUUAUGUCAACUUGCCAAAGCCAGCAUUAGGCACUGCGAUUUCCUCUCAACAAUCUGUUAUUCCACUUUACACACAACAAAAUGGGUUGUACCAACUUAGGCCUCAAUCAUCUUCACAACCACAAGUUAGGUCUCAGGCCCUUUCACAACCACAAGUAAGACCUCAAUUCUUAAAAGACCAGACAUUUCAGUCAUGUGAUAUCCCAGAUUUACCGCAUGGAGGAAGGUUAUUUGAACAAUUUGCAUGUGGGGAAUUAUCUUACCCUUCUCCUGUGCCAGAUAAUCUAAAACUGCACCAGCUUGAAGGGAGUUAUUUGCUCACACAAGAAGUUAUACCAGAAAGAGAUACAGUUCCAUUCACUGUUCCAAGUCUACAUUUGUCUGGAGGACAGAUUGAAACAAAUCUCCAGGACACUUUAUCUACCAUCACUGGUCCUGGUAAUCAAUCACCAGAUACAGCAAGGACGUUAACCAGUUCUGGUUCACCACGGAGUAACCAACAAGUUACACCCAAAAAUUCAUCUGGCUCAUCCAGUUCAAAGAGUGUUCAUUUUCAAAUUAAAGAUGAUCUGGUUAAAGAUUUAUCUGAAAUCAGUAAAACAAGCCAUCAAACUCAGACAGACAGUGGCUGUCUAUCUCAACAGAUAGGUACAGACCACCAGUUUAUCUCUGUAGAGGUACCAGCUGCUACUCAUUCAUCUCCUAAUUCUUCUGUGCAAACAGACCAAAAUACUGGAAAGUCAGGAUCAGAACAUGAGAACCAUUCACAGAUGGUCACAUCCUCUGUUAAAAGCGAUGUCCCAAAUCCAUGGAGUGGAGUAAAGGCUAAAGCAGGCAUGAAGAAACUAAGAUACUGUCUGAAUGAGCUGAAAGAGUGUGGCAAAAUUAACAAAGACAAAGAAAUCAAAAGGUUGGUGAAGGAGGUGGAGGAUACACUAGAAAUAAUCCCACAGCUGAAGAGUACAUUCAGUCUACAGGCAGAAAUAGACCUGGCCAUACAGCCCCUGCGGAGUGAAAAUGCACAGCUCAGAAGACGACUUCGUUUACUCAACAAGCAAUCAAGAGUAACAUCUCAACCCACAAAGGAAAUGGCAAGGACAGAUGAUUCUCAGCUGCAGACAAAAACAGCAGCCCUUCAGAAGAAACUUGUCUCAGAAAAAGAAGAGAAGGUGAAACUAGCUGCAGAAAUGAAAGACAUGCACACACAAAUGCAGAAAAUGAAAGUUGAAAGAAGUAGGCUUAUAGCAUCAGUCAGUGAAAAGGAAACAGAUGAGUUGAUGAUUAGACAGGAGUGCUUGAGUGACGCUCACCAGUUCAGGACUGACUUGGACAGGCUUCAGAGACAGAUUAAGGGUGCUCGUAUACAAUAUGAGGCGCUGGAGAGGGAAAAUCACAUUCUGCAAGUCACACUGCAGCAAAAGGAUGAUGAGAUCAAAGACCAGAAAAACAGGAUAGAAGCCAUCAAAGAUGCAGUUGGACAGGUUCUACAGGAACUGGAGGCUGGUGGGGCAGGAGCAGAGACAUCAUUUAUAUCCAACAACAGCUUCAGUCUGCAGAGACUACUCCAUAUUCUGGGCGGAAAACAAACAGCUGGAUUUGAAAACAGUGUGCUUUCAGAUGCAGGUGUUCAAUCAGUCCCCAAUGUUUAUAAAUCCCAUCUGAGAACUUCUACCCUGACAGCCGAAUCUUUGGCAACACACAACAGAUUACAGCAACCAGCCAGAUCCAGCACCAAGAGGUAUGAAGAGGACAGGGCACCAGGUGACUACAAAAGCAGUAUGUCUGAUACUGAAGUAGAAUAUCAGACUUUUGAUUCCCAUAAGAACACAAGGAGAAAAUCUCCAUCACAGAGGCAAAGGAGUUUGUCAGGAGAUGGGAAGCCUGUGGAAAAAAAUGACCAUCGGAUGACAAAGUAUUCAGAUUGUUAUGGAAGAGAUGGAAGCUAUUUAACUGGAAUUCAAAAGAAACAUGACAGAAGUGGCAAUGUAUUCAUGGCAAAAAGUCAGAAACUUAGAUUUGAGGAAGAUGACACAUUUCAUAGAAGUGACUAUGACAAUAGUAGGAGGUAUGAAGAAACCCGGUCAGACUUGGACACACAGUCAAAAUUCAGUAUGGCUGAUUCAAGAUACAGUGUAACAGACUAUUUCAGGAAAUAUCCUUCUUCCAGUCUAAAGUUUCAGAGUCACUCUAGAAACACAUUUAGAACCAAUGAUAAUAUUGAUGCAAGUAGAAUAUCAAAACCUAGCAUUGUCCCUAGACACAAUGAUCGUCACAGAUCCCUAAGCCAACCCGAAAGUUCAGUAUUAUCUAGGAGUGAUGGUCCUCAUUUCUCUUCACCCCAAAAACCGUCCUCACAUCAAUCAACAUUGACCCAGCAUUCAAUUACUCAGAAGUCUAUGCUUUCACCUCAGGAUCAGCUAUAUAGAGGAACAUAUUUGGACAAUUCCAUUAGUGCUAUUGAUGAUGAUAACAUAUCUAGUGUAUCAGGAAGAUCCCCUUCAUCAAUGUCUGUCGAUGAGAGGACAUUUAAAAAGGGAAUUGCCACAUUAGACGCAAAUAUUUUAAAGCUGCAAUUAGCAUUACAAAAAACAAAGAGCAUGCUGUAUUGAAGUUUUACAUAUAUGCGGCGUAGAAUUUGAUGCUACAGUAACGAAAUACAUCAUUGUAUCAGUAUUAAAAAGUGCUUGAAUUGUAACACAAAAUGUUUGAUUAUAUAAUAGACUAUUUUGCAUUUACUUUAAAGUCAUUUUUUGUUGAUGUAAUGUUUUAGAAAUUUAUAUCUUCCAGGACAUUCAAGUCUCAGUGAACAUGAUUAUUUUUUUCAAACCGCGUAAUUUUGUCCUCAGGUGAUUUUAUACUUUUGUACCUGUAUACCUCCUCAUUUGUUUUAGGUACAUAAACUUCAUCAAUAUUUAUGUGUUUAUUUCUAUCGCUGAUUGUUGUCGAAGAGAAUUGCAACAUUAAAUUCCAGAGAUCUCUUUAGAUUAUUUAUCUCACGUUAGCUGAAGAUUAAAGGGAUAAAAAUGUG